GUGAACCCUCGAAUCUCCUCAGCUCGCAAACUGCCCGACGUGGUAACAAGUGCCUCUGUAAGCGACGACAAGCUGGCUACACUUCAGGGAAGCAACGUCAUCAGGGUAUACGCUGGUGCUGAAGUGGUAUUGGAAGCGAAAAUGAAGUCUGACAGUCAAUGUGGUAGUCCGGCUUCAAUCUGCUAUUUACCUCUCAACAACGCCUAUCUGAUCGGAUCUAAUCAGGGUUCUAUGCGUUUAAUGUGCUAA